AUGCUUGGGAUUUACGUCGAUGGCAUUAGUCACAUUUCUGGCAGUCCAUGGGAAAUUCGAGUGAAACCCGGUGUUCUGGACUUGAUGUAUAGCUUCACCAGGAGUGGAAAGUAUCUUGCAUCUGUAGGAAAGCUGACAGGGUCGGGUCUGUCUGCACAUGUUUAUUCAGGCUCAAAUCAUUUUCUGUCAGUGAAGGAGAGCAUUUCACUUUCACUUGACGGACCGCCGAUUGCUGAAGUUGAAUGGAACAGUGCAUUUGAGAUAAUUUGGAAUGGUUUCAUCAUCCUUCCUUAUGAAGGGAACGUCACCUUUCAAUCCGUCCUCACCAACAACCAGGACAGAGUGGCAAUUUGGAUGGACAAUCAAAUCAUCUUUGACCAAUGGUCAAGCAUCGACAAGUUGAUUUCAUCUUGGAAUUUCUAUUCCAACAGAAUAGAUUCUAGCCACCCAAUCUCGGUCCGAUUUUCGCAUAGGUACGGCUAUUGCAAGUUUGACAUCAAGUGGUCGUGGUCUGGAGUAGAUCUGUACUCCAUUCCAGUCACUCAGCUUUUCAGUCAAAUCUCACACAUCCAAGGCUCUCCUUUCGAUGUGGUCAUAGUGCCAGGCUUUCCAAGGGCAACUGCAACCUUCGGGAGUGGGUUGACUAUUGCUGUCGUUGGGAAUGUUGCGACUUUCAUUGUGACUACUUCAGAAUCGAUCAGGAACGAUUACGUUGCUCUGACAAGUGCAGGAGUUCUUCAGUUGUAUGCAAGCGUGUUUAGCCAAGUUGGCUUGUUUGCUACUUAUUACGACCUGAAUGACGAUCCCAGCAAGGUGCAGAUUUUGGAAUCAUUUUCCUCGAGCGCUGCAAAAGGCCUUGGAGAUACCAACUCUACAUUGAGAGUCAAUAUGCAAGGAUUCCUCUUUAAUCUUUCUUCUGGGGAAUACGCCUUCAAUGUAGGCCUAGGGCAGGACCAUGAGCGUACAUCAUCGUCCUAUACCCUGAAUUCAGACAAAAAUAUUGUCGAAGUCCAGGUAGAGUACAAGUACGAUUUUGCAAGUACAGGAUUACAGAUCAUGUGGAUGGGUCCUGGUUUCGGAAUGAAAGUCAUGCAAUCCAUCUUCUUUGAUGGCGAUCAGAGAUGCUUUCGGAAAUAUCAUAUUUCCGAAUUGUGA